GCAACGGGAAGCCGAGCUUGCAUCCCGAAAUAUUUUGGCGACCACGCUGUUGUGUGCGUUUGUAACAGCACGUAUUGCGACACGCAAGAUCCCGUCUCUCUCCCCCCUUUGGGUCAGUUUGUGGUGUAUGAAAGCAGCAAAUCUGGGAACCGGCUGGAACGCCGAGAAGGCUAUUUUCAGAAGCCGACGGCCAAACCAGAUACUCUUCUGAUUUUGGAGACGGCCCAGCGGUAUCAGAGAAUAAAAGGAUUUGGGGGGUCCGUCACUGAUGCAGCCUCCAUCAACAUCCUGGCUCUGUCGCCGAACACCCAGAAAAAUCUACUCCGUUCCUACUUCUCGGAGGAAG